AGUUACACCGAAACGGGGGUUUUGUUGUUUCUCUUCAAACAACUUACCUCUGAUGGUGUUUAAAAAUUUUAAAAUCUGUUCAAGGUGAUUGGAGUGGACUUCGGCUGGGUUGUGAACUCAGCGAAAGGGACAUCGGCCGGUUUUCCCGGUGUUAAAGACUUUAGAAAAGUUAUUUUCCAAAUCACCGAAGACUAGACAGACGGGAGCUGAGCGGUUCGUCGUUUUUCAUCAUCUAUCAUCUUUUACCAUCGUGCUUUCCGAGUGUGCUCACUUUAUCUAGAGCCAUGAAUUCAUGGCUGUUGUUAAGUUUGUUGUUCGUGUGUAUAUCAAGUUUCACAUCUGCACAAAAUGUAGAUGAACCUCCACCCCGGGAAUGUGGUUCUAACUGUAAUAGCAACAAUGGUUGUAAAUGUAUAGGCGAGAAAGGAGAUCGGGGUAUCCAUGGUGAUAUUGGUCCCCGUGGUCCCCAAGGUAACCAAGGUUACGCUGGUGUUGAAGGUUUACCUGGCCCUAAGGGAGAUAAAGGUGAUACCGGUAGACCUGGACCAGCUGGUUUAAAAGGAAACAGAGGAAAAAUGGGAAUGCCUGGCUUCCCUGGUAUCAAUGGAAUUCCGGGUAUCCCUGGACCUAUUGGACCACGAGGAGCCCCCGGUAUGGAUGGAUGUAAUGGUACACAGGGAGAGGCUGGACUGCCUGGUCUGCCAGGUAGUUCAGGUCCUGAUGGACCCCCAGGAUUUCCUGGAUCAAAGGGACAGAAGGGAGAAGCAUCAGUCGAUGGAUUUGGACAGAAAGGAUCAAAGGGAGAAACAGGACGAGAAGGCUUCCCAGGAAAUCAGGGUAGACCCGGAGAAGAUGGUUCACCUGGACCAAAGGGAAUGGAUGGACGUAAUGGACAACCCGGUAUACCAGGCUUAUCAGGAAGCAAAGGAGAGAAAGGAAACCCUGGAAUUGUUUUCAACGGUAUCAAAGGAGACAGAGGUCCAAGAGGAGUCCCCGGACCUCCAGGUCCUCCAGGAGACAGCAGGGAAUCACUGGAAAGCCGUAAGGGUACCAGAAUCGGACCAAAGGGUGAUCAAGGAAUUCCAGGGCGUGAUGGAGAACCAGGACGUGAAGGGCCUAAAGGAUACAAAGGAGCCCCUGGCCGUGAUGGUAUGAAGGGUAUGAUUGGUAUGAAGGGAGAGAAAGGUAUACCUGGUAUUGCUGGACCAAGGGGAAAACAAGGACUGCCGGGACUACCCGGUCUGCCUGGACUAAAGGGUGAUCGUGGUAUGGAUGGUCUACCUGGUCUGAAUGGUCUUAGUGGAGAUAAGGGAGAGUCUGGUCUGGAUGGUAUCAAGGGUGAGAGGGGUCCAGUCGGACCGCCUGGCCCCGCUGGUGGAAUUGGCGGAGAUGGUCCAGAGGGACCCAAAGGAGACAGAGGCCCACCAGGACCCCGUGGUUUCCGUGGUGAUGAUGGUCGCUCUGGACUUCCUGGUCCUUCAGGCCCCAUGGGUCCAGCUGGCGGACCUGGUAUUCCGGGACCUCCAGGACCCCAGGGUGCUGAUGGCAGAAAAGGAGAAAGAGGAGAGAAGGGAAAUGUUGGCUUACCAGGUAUUGAUGGUGUCCCUGGACAACCAGGUGUACCAGGUGAGACAGGAGAAGUCGGAAGGAAGGGAGAGCCAGGCCAGAGCAUUCCAGGUUUGGAUGGACCAAUGGGACCCCCCGGACGUGAUGGCAUACCAGGGUUAAAGGGAGCCCAAGGUUUUGAGGGACCACCAGGUCUUCCUGGAAACUCCACAAUGGGACGUCCAGGAUUGCCAGGAUUAAAGGGAAACACCGGAAUGAAGGGAUUUCCAGGUCUUAAUGGACGUAAUGGAUUGCCAGGUUUACCUGGAAUGAAAGGUGACAGAGGUGGCUCCUGCAGUCAGUGCAUGCCUGGUAUGAAGGGUGAAAAGGGAUCAAGUGGUCUUAAUGGGAUCAGUGGAACUCCUGGUCGCCGUGGUAUUAGAGGAGAGUCGGGAGAACGUGGUGUUCCUGGUGAAGAUGGAGCCCCUGGAAUCCCAGGACGCGUUGGUGAUGUUGGAGAAAGAGGUCUUCCUGGAUUCAGCGGAAUGAAGGGACAGAAAGGAGAACAAGCUGUCAUUGACCCAAAUACACUGAUCAAAUGUGAGAAAGGAGAUCAAGGUCCAUCAGGAAGGGAAGGACUCAAAGGUUUACCUGGUCUUCCUGGUCCUACUGGGCCUGCUGGAAUCUCUGGACUGCCUGGUCUGAAAGGAGACAAGGGUGAUGCUGGCUUCCCAGGACAACCUGGACAGUCCGGACUUCCAGGUUUGAAAGGCGAUAUGGGAAGCAAGGGAGAGUCAGGUUUUGGGUUAGCAGGACAAAAGGGUGCUCGUGGAUUCCCUGGUGACAAUGGUCUUCCUGGUCUCCGUGGACAGACUGGACAGAAGGGUGUGCCAGGUGAAUCAAUUGCCAUUAAUCCUGAAACCUUGAAGGGUGUGAAGGGAGAGCAGGGUCUGCCUGGAGUUCCUGGCCUGCCAGGACAGGAUGGACUGCCAGGAAUGAAAGGAGAGCGAGGCUUACCUGGUGAGCGUGGUGCAGCUGGUCUCCCGGGGCCAAAUGGACUGCCUGGAUUUGAUGGAACGAAAGGAGAACGUGGACUUCCUGGUCUGAAUGGCAUUAAGGGUGAGCGGGGUCAAUCUGGUAUCCCUGGCAACGCUUUGGAGGGACGCAAGGGAGAGCCUGGACGUAAUGGUAUACCUGGAGAAAGAGGUCAAGCUGGAUCUCCAGGAGCACCAGGUCUACAAGGAUUGGCAGGAUUGCCUGGAAUGAAAGGUGACUCUGGCUCUCCAGGAUUGCCAGGAAUGGAGGGAUUACCAGGAAUGAAGGGCGACAGGGGACAGGAUGGAGUUCCUGGAGAGAGAGGACAGGUUGGACCUGAGGGAUUACCAGGACUUCCAGGUGACCCAGGACAGAAGGGAUCAUCAGGACUACCAGGUGUAAACGGACUUCCAGGACAGAAAGGUCAGUCUGGAGAAGAUGGUGUUCCAGGUCAGGCUGGUCUGCCAGGGCUUGAUGGCCCCCAGGGACCCCCAGGACCAGCUGGAAAUGAUGGACUUCCAGGGCUUCCAGGAGCCAAGGGUGACAGUGGUGCAGUGGGUUUCCCAGGAGAACCUGGGCGUGAUGGAAUCAAUGGUUUACCUGGAUCAAAGGGAGAGAAAGGUUUUGCUGGCGCUGCUGGUGUUCCUGGAGCUGCUGGGGACCCAGGUCGUCCAGGAUUUAAGGGAGACCCAGGUAUUCCAGGAUUUCCAGGAUUGGACGGUGCCCCUGGUGAGGACGGAGCUCCUGGCAGGAAAGGAGAAAGAGGCCCAGGAGGAGAAGCUGGCUUAGUGGGAGAACCUGGUCGAAAUGGUUUAGACGGAAUUCCGGGAUCAAAGGGAGACCCUGGAUUCCCAGGUGUUGGUUUGCCAGGACAGGAUGGACUUCCUGGAGAGGCUGGGCGCCCAGGAGAGCCAGGGCGUGAAGGACCUCCUGGCCAAAAGGGAGAAGAAGGGAUGCCAGGUUUCCCAGGAAUGAAGGGAGACAAGGGAUCUUCUGGAAUACCAGGGCUUCAGGGACUUCCAGGUCUGGAUGGCUUACCUGGAAUGAAAGGAAACCCUGGACUGAAUGGUUUGUCAGGUCUCCCUGGAAGUAAGGGUACAAAAGGAACUGCAGGUUUUGCUGGUAUUCCAGGCUCUGCUGGACGUCCUGGCCCUCCAGGACCUGCAGGACCUCCUGGUUUCCCAGGACUUAAGGGAGAACGUGGUGUUGUUGGAGAGCCUGGCCGUGAUGGAAAUCCUGGUUUACCUGGACAGAAAGGAAAUUCAGGUCUUCCUGGAUUUGAUGGUCGUUCCGGACAGAAGGGGCAGGAGGGUUUGCCUGGAAUCCCUGGACAAAAAGGAGACAAAGGAGAUCGUGGACUGCCAGGUAUUGAUGGACGACCAGGAUUGUCAGGCAUCAAGGGAGAAACAGGUGUGAGUGGACGCCCAGGUGUUAAGGGUGAGCCUGGACGCUCAGCUGCAGGAAUAAAGGGAGAGACUGGAGCAAGAGGACCUCCAGGACUUAACGGUUUGCCAGGCAUGAAGGGUGAAUCAGGACCUGCUGGACGUGAUGGAUUACCUGGUAUGAAGGGAGAUCGUGGAGAGGAUGGUAUCGGACUCCCUGGAGCUAAAGGAGAGCAAGGAUUUACAGGAGUUCCAGGACAGCCAGGAAUCCGUGGAGAGCCUGGAGAAGAUGGUGCUCCUGGAAUUCCAGGUGCCAAGGGCAAUCAGGGUGAACGAGGCUUCCCAGGACUACCAGGAAUGAAAGGAAAUGUUGGACCAUCAGGUCCUCAAGGUCAGCCUGGACUCCCCGGAUCAUUCGGACUGAAGGGUAGUACUGGAGAUCCAGGACCUUCCGGAUUCCCUGGAACUCCAGGCUUGAAAGGAGAACCUGGACGUGCUGGUUUCCCAGGAUUAAAGGGUGAAAGAGGCCUACAAGGUUUUAACGGUUCAAAGGGCGAACAAGGACCACCUCCAUUUAUUCCUGACAGACUCCUUCAGCCUGGUCCAAAAGGAGACAAGGGACAGCCUGGCCAGAAUGGACUGCCUGGUGCAGAUGGCUUGCGUGGAGAGCCUGGACCUAUGGGAUUCAAGGGAGAGAGAGGACCAAGGGGAGAGGAUGGACUGAAUGGCUUCCCAGGCCAGAAGGGUGAUAUAGGGGCAAGAGGAUUCCAAGGAAGUAGAGGCAACGAUGGACUUCCUGGACCCCGUGGACCUGAGGGACCUGUUGGAGAACCUGGACUGCCUGGUUUGACACCGCCCUCUGGAUUUAUGAUGGUCAGACACAGUCAGACCAUUGACACACCUCAAUGUCCACUCGGACUUACCCCAUUAUGGACUGGCUACAGCUUGUUAUAUAUUGAAGGAAACGAGCGCUCACAACACCAAGAUCUCGGUCUCGCUGGUUCCUGCAUGAGGAGAUUCAGCACCAUGCCAUUCCUUUACUGCAACACAAACAAUGUUUGCAACUAUGCCAGUCGUAACGACAAAUCUUAUUGGCUGGCAACCAAUGCUAACCUUCCCAUGAUGCCUGUGGGAGGACAGGAUCUGUCCGAGUACAUCAGUAGAUGUGUGGUAUGCGACGCUCCAUCCAAUAUUAUUGCCGUCCACAGUCAGACCCUCAGUAUACCAGACUGCCCCACUGGCUGGAAUGGUCUCUGGAUUGGAUACAGCUUUGCCAUGCACACUGGCGCUGGUCCUAGUGGAGGUGGUCAGUCCCUGUCCAGCCCUGGAAGUUGUCUUGAAGACUUUAGGGCCACGCCUUUCAUCGAGUGUAAUGGCGCCCAAGGCACCUGUCAUUACUACGCCAACAAAUUCAGCUUCUGGCUGACUACCAUAGAGAGAAACGCAGAAUUUUCACCACCCCAACAAAUGACACUUAAAGCAGGCUCUCUGAGGACAAGAGUCAGUAGAUGCCAAGUUUGUAUGAAAUUAGUGUAGGGCCUCUCUGUGACAUUAAAAUUUAAUGGAUAUUAGAAUUUUUUUAAUCUAUGGAAAAGUACUUUAAAGCUUGCAUUGGUCAUGAUAAAAUGUUCACUUGUAUGAUAAUGAUUAAAUGCUGAAUGCGGUUGUGUCUACUACAUGCGUUCACUGGUAAAACCAAAAUGUGCCUUACAACCAAUUACUGGUACUAAUGGGGUGUGUACAACUUCAGUAUUUUUUUUUUUAACAUUUUUUUAGUAUCAAGUUUUAUUGAAAUGCAAGUUUUUUAUAUGGAUUUUAUAAUUCAUCUGUUUAUAUUGUAUUUGUGUAUAUGUGUAGCUGUUUGUGUCAGGUGGGAGGGAGGGUUCUUAUUUUAACAGAGGAUUUCACCUUUGCCUUACAUGAUGGAAAUCUUCAUCCUGUGGAGGUAGAGAAGCAUUAGUUACAGGAAACCUUAAUUAAGUUAAUUAAUUAAGUUUUCAAGAAUAUAAUAGAUGUACUUAAAGAGAUAAUACUGUCACAUCCAGUCAUUAUUAGGAUUAUAAACACACUAUCUUAUGUGUGUCUGUCCCAGUGGGGUUUCCACGGCACUAUCAAACACGAUGGUUUAUCUGUGUUAUCUGUGUUCUAUACAAUGUUACCUGUAUCAUGCAUUAUGGUGUAUUUCUGUAAAGCUGUAUUAGCAAAAGCUUAUGAAAUGUGUUUGAGUGAGCUAUCAUAUCUCUUGUUUGAUGUCAGCAAAAAUGGUUUUCAAAUUAGGUAAAUAAAUCACUGCACCAUUAGGUUAAUCUUAUGUGUUUAAGUAUUAAACGUGUUAUUUGUACAGAGUGAACGAAAGACUUUUUUUAUCAUGUUUACAACAAAAUACUCAAUGAAAUUCUUAUAAAUAACAAAAAAUAAAUUGUGUGAGUUUUUAGUAGUCUUAAGAUGACUGCUAUUUCAGAAAUAAUUAUUUUGUCGUAUAUAUAUAUGAUUGGGGAUUUUAACAGCUUAUCUAGUCACUUAUUUUUACAAUUAAGUGAACAAAGCCUAUUUUACACAAAUACUUUUGCAUUGUUCUGCAAACCUUACUCUUAUAUUUGUAGGUGCUUUUUUACACGCAAAAUUUUGUCAAAGAUAUUUUACUUUAUUGUGCAUUAAUCUAUAAAUCCCUGAUUUCCAGAAUGGACUAUUCCAUCUGUAAACCAUAGUUAAGUUCAUUCUGGUAGCCAGGGUGUGAUUGUAGUUCUUAAUGAAAUAGAUGACAUGCUCAACACCAAGCAUGGAUAUGCUCUGUUUUGUGCCACUGUGGUCAUUCUCAGUAACACUGUGUUGAUUCCUGGAGGUUUAGGUGCCUAAUGUAUACUGAAUAUCUUGUGACAAAAAGUAAAUCUAAAUGAUAAAAUUUAUUUAUUGAUGAAGCAGGUUUUGUCACUCAUUGCAUUCAUUCCAUGAAUGUAGAAAUGAAAAAGCAGUGUUUUAUCUAUUUCUAUAUAGGAUGUUUCCCUUGAUUAAAUACUUACCCACAGAAUCAUUUCAAAUUAUGCCUAAUUUUAUAAUCCCAUGGCUCAACAAUAAAUCUCCUGGAAUCAUACAACUUAAAGUAAUGACCACAAAAGAUACAUAUUUUUUACAGAGAUGGUCAAUUUUUCCCAUCACCACCAUAGUUACAGUAUAUGUAUCGCCUGCACAAAACAAGCUUGUCCAUGCUGACUAUGUGACUAAAUCGUCACGGUGAAUUCAUUGUGCCAACCAAUCAGUGAGUCCAUUAGGUAUAAGCCUACUCCCCAAGGAGACUAAAACCUAUGGUACCUCUGUUCUAGUCUGAUAAUUUUGUAUCUUAUCGCAUAUUUUAACUGUGAAACUGCUGGACAUUUGAAAUAAAUUCAGUUAACUUGAAA